AUGGUGUUUCGUGGAGUUGCCACUCAACAUGUAUCUUCUCUGCAGUUAUUAGUUCGCAAGGCAUAUCGAUCACUACACUUUUACAAUGCGGAUGUGUGCAGUGUUGUGGUUGCCGCAUUGGGGGAUCUCUGCGAACAGCCCUUAAGUGCGCAUGCCAUGGUCCUCUCACUGCUGACAACAAUUCCGGAAUUUCAACACACAAAUCAUGUGGUGCAGGUCUUGCAGGGACUUUCUAAUUUACAUAUACAUCAUACAAUGCUCACCGCACAUUUAUUGAAGUGUUACCUCCGUUGUUGCUUCAAUACUCUAGAAAUAAAACCUGCUACCGCGACAACAACAACAACACUAUCAUCAUCAUCACCAUUAGGUGUUGAGAAAUAUACGUUUCCUAUUUUAAAUGAAUCACCUAUAAGAGUGAAAUUAUUUCUUUCUUCAUUUGUUGCAAUUCUACAGAUUCUUGAACACCAUAAAUACCCUUUACACUUGGUUGAUUCGUUCUUUGAAUCCAUAGAAGAAUUGCUACAGACAGGAUAUACAUUUUCUUCACAGUGUUUUCAUCACAUUCAUCAUAACAAUGAUAACGAAUCACAUCUUUUGACGAUAGAAAUGGAUUUUAGAAAUACUUCUGAUGAUAUAUUCUUCUUAAUGUGUAGUCUUAUUCGUGUACGUCAACGCCGUCAAGAACUGUUAGAGUGUACAUUUAUCUGCAUUGAACAUUUACUAGUAUCUUUUGUCGAUUGUUUGUCUCUUCGUCAUGUGGUUUCAUUAUUGACUCUGAUAGAGGAAUCACAUGAUGAUUGGAGAGGUUGUAAAAUAAUUUCUGAUGAGAAAGAAGAAAUGAGUACAUUGCAGUUGUUGUUAUUAAAGGUUUUACUCUCUCGUCUUCAACCAGAGAAUCUUCUUCCAGGUAUACUAACAGGUAAUGAAGUUGUAGUUCUACUGCGUAUUUUGAACCAUUACUCUCUAAAGGGAGAAAUCUCAUCUGAGAUGGAAGGGCGUCUACACCGUCUUGCACAUGCUCUCUCUGUAUUUGUAGAGAAAACACUUUUUACCUUUAAUGUGAUUUCUCGCCUCGCAGAGAGUGAUGUACUCACAUGGAAUGAAAGAGAUAAGAAGUUCACUAAAGAAUUUUUAACUUCAUCUACAGAAUGGCAGAUGCGACCACGUUUAGAACCCUUUCUUGAUACUCUACAGCAUAAACUAUAUGAAAAAGAGGAACAUCAUUAUAAUCAAAGAGAAAAAUUUGACAUAACUGAAACUUUACUUGUAUUGUGUUAUCGUCUUUUGGUGUUUCAUGUAGUGAAUCAUCACGAUAUAUCCACUGAAACUCUUCACCGGGUUUGUGAAUUUACUACUACUGCUUUAGGUUAUUUAUGUUCUCAGUUAGGAAUUGUGGAAUAUUCGUUUAAACUGAGUGUAUUUAGGUUAACUAUACCUGUAAAAGCUUUAUUACAAAUACAUAUUUCAAUAUAUUCCUCUUUAGAGGUAAAAAAUGAUAUAAAUGACUGUUUGACACUUUUAGAUAUGUUAACACAGUAUGAAUUAUUGAACGGUUUUACGAAUUGUUCCCUCUCAAACGUUCCCCAGAAUGAAGAUCUUUGCACUCUUUACAAUAUACUUCACAAAAGACAACCAUCAACAGAAUUGUUGGCGAUAAUUGAUAGAGUUUUUCCCACAAUUUGUAGUGAAAAAAGAGUUACCCAUGAAACUGCUGAAAUUCUCGUAAAAAUACUUGGUAUUCUUCGUUCUAAAGAGUGGGUUCAGUUUUGUAGUAGAAGUUGUGAUAGUAAUGGUGAUGUAUAUUGGAUAACAUUAGCUGCUUCUGUUCGUCUUAACGAGUCGGUAAAACUACUAUUCCCUCUGUUAUCACCUUAUUCUUCUAAGAAAGAAAGUGAAGAGGGGUAUCAUGCAUUUGAGGUAUUACUAAGUCUGUUAGUAACUAUUUCCCCAUUAGAAUACUCUAUGGGAGUUAUAAAUGGAAAUGAUGGGUUAAUUGUGGCAUGUAUUUCUUCUUCACAUGGUGUUCUGAAUAUAGUAAAUCGACUUUUAAAAGCGUGCAAGAGUUGGAGUAUAAAAUUCCUUACAAUAAGAGAAGCAUGGGAUAACUUUGUAUUGCCUACAGUUAAUACACCAGAUCUCGCUGAACGUCUUGCCCAUCAGAGCCGUUCUUCAAAGUUAUGGCAAAUGACAAAGUGCUGUGAAACUAAUGAUCAUUACUGGAGUGAACAGGGAAAGAGUAGUUGUACUGAGAAGGAAAUAGUACCUUCGUGUAUGGAAAUUCAAAAAUGGCAAAAUUUGUUGGUAGAGUUUGCGGUAUGGUUGGGUGCAUUUCAAUGUGGACUUCAAUUAAAUAAUAACGACAGACGUGUUAUUGCUAUUCAAGAGGCAAUAGAUAUAAACUUUUUGCGAGAAUUGCAUACAGAGGUACUAAAAAGUGCUACUUAUCUUAUAUUAUGUAACAAAGAAGGAGCGACAAAAGAAUCUCAACGCAAACUUCUUCGUGCUAUUUAUCUCAAUUCACAGUAUAAAUCCAUGUGUGGAGAAUCAAGUGAUAUUUCAUUGCUCUUUCAUGAUGAGGAGUUUAUUCGUAUCAUAACAUUACUGAUUAUGGAUUUAUAUCAAAUUUUCGUUCUUUCAGUGAAUACACCUACUGACUCUCUUGAUAUGAAUGCAAAGGAGUUGACAUUACUUUUAGUGUAUUUUACAGAAACCUUUGAUCGGUACGAAAAGCGAAGUCGAGUAAUGCAUGUAUUGCGGAAUGUUGUAUGGGAGUCCCUUAUACAAAUUACAUCGAGCAACAGUCUCAUCUUGAUGGAGAAUAAUGACAUUGUUAUGUUUGCCAACCGACAGAAUCCACUAUUCUGUUCAUUGCUUCUACUUAUGUGUUUUUUGCAGUCACCAAACAGUGCGUUAGACCCGGAUGUUGUGGAACAACGGUCUGCGGUACAAGAGGCAGUUGCUGGACUUGUGGGGGCGUUGUGUCGAUAUACACCAGUGCUGCGAAGAUCCCGUCCUGCACCGGAAUCUCUAUUGGCCCUCACUCUUUGCGAAUUGUUGGAGGAACACCGUGAUGUGAGAGUCGCAGCAUGUAGUAUGAGUUAUGUGGGAAAAAAUGAAAAGAUACUAGUAGUACUUGUUGAUAUUCUGCACCGUGAGAUGAAGUACUUGACUUUGUGGGAGGAUGCAUUUCGUAGUGUGGCUGAACGGAUAAAGAAAUAUUGGUAG